UUUCUUACAACAAAUCACCGAUAAAGCAGAUUCAUAAAGGUGUUUUGCAUAAAUAAAAUGAUAGGAUGUGGGAACAACAAAGUAUAAAUCGCAGGACAAAGAGAGAAAUAUAUUUUUUUGCCAAGCCCUCAACCACCCUUCUUUAAAAAUUAAAAUCCGGGAGGCUGCUUCUGAUUGAUGGAUUAAGCGCACACAAAAUUAUCGCCGACUCUUAAUGACCAUCGAAAUUGAUGUUCUCCAUCUGUCCAUAGCCGCCCCUAAGUCCUACAGUUAUUCAUUACUACUGUAAGUUAAGUCCAUCCACCUUGCUGCUUGGUCGUCUUUUUCUUCUUCCCUCCACCUUUCCCAGCAAUAUCGUCUUCUCCAGAGAGCUGACUCUUAACAGGAUGUGUCAUAACUAUUUCGGAAGAAAAUUCUAAGCCGAGAGACGCUUCUACCGAAUGGCAAAAGGGAAAAGCCACGGCGAACUCGAGUGCGAGUGCUUCGGUCUACCCUACGCACUGAUCCGCCGUUUCCCCACUCGGACUAAGUCGUGAACAAGCCAUGGCUAAAACCAGGCUGCUGAGCUCAAGGUUCGCGCGAGGACCCGCAACACAAAACUCCCACCCCACCUCCGCCCGCCUGGCGGCGCUUCUGCAGCAAAAGACACGCGAGGUUUCAGCUGAGAUGGCGGCGGGAGCGUCACGUGAAGCCGGCGGAGGCCCUGGCAGCAUGGAAGCGGCGGCGGAUGAGACACAGCGAGAGGAAGAGGUCGAGGUUGGUUUGCGGGGGAGAGAAGAGCCCGACGGGAUGCGAUCAUUGCAAGGAACAAUUAGUUGUGGUAGAAUUGUCUGGAAUAAUCGAUUCAGACUUUCUGGAAAAAUGUGAUAAUAAAUGCAAGAUUUUGGGAAUUGACACAGAGAGACCUAUUUUGCAAAUAGACAGAUACAUCUUUGCUGGUGAAUAUGAAGAUACUCUUGGAACAUGUGUAGUGUUUGAGGAAAACCAUGAUCAUGAUAUGGAAGGCAACCAAAAAUUGCAACUAAAAUAUAAAUGCCACACAAUGAAGAAACUAAAUAUGACGCGGACACUUCUGAUUGAGAAAAAGGAAGGGGAAGAGAACAUAGGAGGCGGCAUAGAAUGGCUAGAUCUUAAGGACAAAGACUUCUCAUACAGCAGACCAAACAUGAUUUGCAAUUUCUUGUAUGAAAAAGAUGACGAAACAGCUGAAUCCCAGGAUAAGCUGGCAGAAGAGUCUGAAGAAGAAGCCAGUGACAAAGGAAAUAUGGAUUGGAAUUUGGAACCCGGGAUUCCAGCUGACAUUGCGAAGGAUGAUGCUGAUCCUCUUUUGGAUACUCCAGAUCCCAUCACAGAGAAUCCUUCCAUAGAGAAUAAUCAGAACAUUGCUUCAGAAGAGCCUCCACAUUGAUAUAAACUGUUUGAUUGAGUAGCAGUCACUACAUAGGAAAAACUGACUGAUAUCUGAUAUGUAUAUAUGGUCAUUAGAAAGACUCUGAAUUUGUAUGCAAAUUAUUUUGUGAAAGUUUUGUUAGGAUCACAUUCCUUUUGUGAUAUUGAUCUAAUACAUUUCUCAAGUUUUCUACCUCUUUGUUAAAGGGAUUGGAAAGUGGAAAGAGGCUUCCUCUGAACUUGGAAGUUCUUAUUUUGAUUAUAGAGUCCCUUCUCUUGCCUUCUCCUAGUUACUUUUUUUGCUUUCUAUCUUGUCUGGUGAAGAGUUCUGUAGAACUCAAGUUUGUUUUCUAUUUUGUGAUUUUUAUAUAAUAAAAGAUGCAACUCUAAUAA